CUCUGAAGUUUUGGGAACACAACAGUUCCGAUCGUUAGUUCUUUAUUAUUCUUCACUUUGCUAAUUCAAGAGAGAACCGCAAUCAGUCAGCUCGCAUAUCGAUAAAGAUAACAGAAGCCUUUGUGGCUAAUCGCCGAUCUUGUGGUUUUGUCGACAUGACGGAAUACAAAAAGCUCGAAAACCAGGAGACGGAUGUGGAGAAUGGACAGGCCAAUGGCCAGGACAACGAGGAGCAACAACGGCCGGCUGCGAAUCAGCAGGCGGCCCAAAUGGUGACGGUGUCCUUGUUCAUGCUCCUUUUCCUAGGUAGCUCAUAUUUUCAGCCUCGGCCCCGACUCCACAACUAUAGUGGAGGCAGGGGUCAUGGACUCUUGCAGAGGCAAGACUGCGACAUCCAGCUGGUGGAGUCUAUACCCAUUGGCCUGACAUAUCCCGAUGGCAGCCCGAAGUUCCUGAGCACCCACGAGGCCUGGCUGCAGUUGUUGGACAGCGCCAAAACCAAGCUGGACAUAGCUUCCUUCUAUUGGACACUCAGGGCCGAGGACACGCCCGGGGAAACGGAUAACAGCACGCAGCCGGGGGAGGAGAUCUUCGCCAGAUUGCUGGCCAACGGGAACGGCGGCAGUCGGACACCUAGGCUCAAGAUACGUAUUGCCCAGAGCGAACCAUCGAGUGUAUCACCCAAUUUGGACACAAAGAUGUUGGCGAGUGCCGGAGCUGCAGAAGUAGUAACCUUAUCGUUUCCCAAAUACUUUGGCAGCGGAGUCCUCCACACCAAGUUGUGGGUUGUAGACGACCAGCACUUUUACCUGGGCAGCGCCAACAUGGAUUGGCGGGCACUCACUCAGGUCAAGGAGAUGGGGGUGCUCGUCCAGAACUGUCGGCAACUUACACAAGACGUGGGAAAGAUUUUUGAGGAGUAUUGGUAUCUGGGCAACAGCAAGGAUUCCGAGGUUCCCAAUUGGAACUACAACUACGAAACGGAUUUCAAUUGGCGUGAGCCUAUGCAGCUCAAAGUGAAUAAGAACAUUAGCAUGGAUGGCUUUCUGUCCAGUUCACCGCCACCUCUUGCGGCCAGGGGACGAACCAACGACCUGGACGCCAUCCUCAAUACCAUCAACUCGGCCAUUACUUACGUGAACAUUGCAGUUAUGGAUUAUUAUCCUUUGAUUAUUUACGACAAAAACCAUCAGUACUGGCCGUUCAUCGACGAUGCACUGCGUCGGGCAGCUGUGGAGCGCGGCGUGGCGGUGAAGCUGCUCAUUUCCUGGUGGAAGCACUCCAAUCCCAGCGAGGACAAGUACCUCAGGUCGCUGCAGGAUCUGGCCUCCAAAGAAGACAAUAUUGAUAUACAAAUUCGUCGCUUCAUUGUGCCCGCAGAUGCGAACCAGGAGAAGAUUCCCUUUGGCCGAGUGAAUCACAACAAGUACAUGGUCACCGAUCGAGUGGCCUACAUAGGCACCUCCAACUGGAGUGGCGACUACUUCACCAACACCGCCGGCAUUGGCCUGGUGCUAAGCGAGACCUAUGAGACAGAGUCCACAAACACCCUGAGGAGCGAUCUGCGCAACGUCUUCGAGCGGGACUGGAAUAGCAAAUACGCCACUCCGCUGAAGUAAGCACUCCAUGUCGUUAUUUUAUUCUUACAAUUUUAAUCCGAUCCCAAUGUUAUUUUAAAAUUUUCACGCUUUCUACAAAUUGUUCAAUUCUA